AUGGAGUCUCCGAAGAAGAUAGCUCAUGAGAUCGGUGGUCUCAAGAACGACGCUCUUAGGUUUGGCCUUCACGGAGUUAAGAGCGACAUCGUCGGAUCUCACCCACUCGAAUCGUCUUACGAAUCUGAAAAGAAAUCGAAAGAGGCGAAGAAGAGGACGAUCAUUGCGCAUACCUACGGUGCUGCACUUCCAUUGAAGAUGGAUAUGGACAGACAAAUUCUCUCACGGUUUCAGAGACCUCCUGGACCAAUUCCAUCGUCAAUGCUCGGUUUAGAAGUCUACACAGGAGCCGUGGAUGCCUUUGGUUUUGAGGAUUACUUGAAUGAUCCUCGUGACUCGGAGACAUUCAAGCCGGUAGACUUCCACCACGGGAUGGAAGUUCGUCUUGGCAUCUCAAAGGGCCCGGUUUGCCCAAGUUUCAUGUAA